CGUCACAUGACACCGAUUUUUUACCAUCACAAAGAUGGCUGCCCACUUAUCUUACGGCAGAGUCAAUUUGAACAUUUUGAGAGAAGCUGCGAGGAAAGAGCUUCGAGAGUUUCUGGAUAAAUGCGCUGGGAGUAAGGCUAUUGUCUGGGACGAGUACCUCACUGGACCAUUUGGGUUAAUAGCUCAGUAUUCCUUGUUAAAGGAACAUGAGGUGGAAAAGAUGUUCACACUUAAAGGGGGACGAGUGCCCCCUGCUGAUGUCAAAAACAUUAUCUUCUUUGUCCGUCCGAGGUUGGAGUUGAUGGACAUAAUUGCAGAGAAUGUAAUGAGUGAGGACAAGUUGCAACCACCGCGGGAGUUCCACAUACUGUUUGUGCCUCGGCGCAGUCUGCUGUGUGAGCAACGUCUGAAAGAGCAGGGCGUGCUCAACUCCUUUACCAACAUUGACGAAUACAUUCUGGAUCUCAUUCCUUACGAUGGAGACCUGCUGUCCAUGGAGUCUGAGAGUGCAUUCAGGGAAUGUUAUCUUGAGAAUGACCAGACGAGCCUGUAUCACACCGCAAAAGGGCUGAUGACUCUGCAGGCUCUGUAUGGAACGAUACCUCAGAUAUUUGGUAAAGGAGAAUGUGCACGGCAUGUGGCUAACAUGAUGUUGCGGAUGAAGAGGGAAUUUGCUGGCAGCCAGAAUCAGAUCCUCCCUGUGUUUGACACACUACUGCUGCUGGACCGCAAUGUGGACCUGCUUACACCAUUGGCCACACAGCUCACCUAUGAGGGCCUCAUUGACGAAAUCUAUGGCAUCACUAACGGUUAUGUGAAACUGCCCCCUGAGAAAUUUGCACAGAAGAAGCCAGGAGAAGGAGGUAAAGAUCUGCCGACUGAGCCGAAGAAACUGCAACUGAACUCGGCUGAGGAGCUGUACGCUGAAAUUCGUGACAAAAACUUCAAUGCUGUUGGAGCAGCCCUCAGUAAGAAGGCCAAGAUCAUCUCUGCCGCGUUUGAGGAGCGGCACAAUGCUAAGACCGUUGGAGAGAUUAAACAGUUUGUAUCCCAGCUGCCCCAUAUGCAGGCUGCUCGGAAUUCACUAGCCAAUCACACAUCUAUUGCUGAGCUCAUCAAGGACAUCACCACUUCUGAAGUCUUUUUUGACAAUUUGACAGUAGAGCAAGAAUUCAUGACUGGAGUGGACACAGACAAGGUUAACACAUAUAUAGAGGACUGUAUAUCACGGAAGGACCCUCUUAUCAAGAUCCUGCGGCUGGUCUGCAUGCAGUCCGUCUGCAACAACGGCCUGAAACAGAAAGUCCUUGACCAUUACAAACGAGAGAUCCUGCAGACGUAUGGGUAUGAGCACAUCCUGACCCUGAACAACCUAGAGAAGGUGGGUUUACUCAAACCGCAGACCACCACAAGGAACAACUACCCCACUAUUAGGAAAACCCUCAAGCUGUGGAUGGAGGAUGCGAAUGAACAGAACCCCAAUGACAUCUCUUAUGUGUACAGUGGAUAUGCUCCACUCAGUGUACGGCUGACCCAGCUGCUGGCCCGGCCAGGCUGGCGUAGCAUUGAAGAGGUGCUGAAAAUGUUGCCUGGCCCACACUUUGAGGAGAGGCAGCAACUUCCAACUGGCCUUCAUAAGAAACGUCAACAGGGUGAAAACAGGACCACACUGGUGUUCUUCCUCGGUGGAGUUACUUACGCAGAAAUUGCUGCUCUUCGCUUCCUAUCUCAGAUGGAGGAUGGAGGGACGGAGUACGUCAUCGCCACCACCAAACUCAUCAAUGGCACCAGCUGGAUCAAAUCUCUUAUGGACCGACCAGAAGCUCAAAUAUCCUAAAUCUGCUCCUUUAACUGGGUUAUUAAUGCUAUGUCCUGGUUUUAAUAGCCAUCUACUUUGACAUUGAGGGGCAACACAUUAGGGUCUCUCUGCACAUACUGAAGUGGCUUUGAUUCUGUACAGGUUAAUGUUUGUGUCUUUUGAAGUUGUGUUUUGUUUUCUU